AUGACGGUUGACGAGUCAUGGGGCAUGGUUCAAGAGAACGAGAGCGGGGAGGAGAUGUCUACAUCCGAAUACUCCUUUGGCUCCGUGGACAGCGAUGAAAGUUUUAUGGAUCUUGCAAACUCGUUUGGAAGGUCUUUUGACAUUAAUAUGUUGAAGGAGUCUAUUGAGACUGGAAGCAAGAUCCUCGAGCAUGUUACCAACAAGAAUGUCGUUCUCGUUAUCGGAAAGACAGGUGCUGGCAAAUCAACUUUUAUCCAAGGCAUUGCUGGAAAGGAACUUCACGAAACUGUCCAUGUUACCAUGUGUGAUGGGAAGGCAGUGGAAAAGAGUGUCUACGAUGCCAAGGAAGCCCUGCCUGAGUUCAUUAUUGGACAUUCGAAAUCGUCCCAGACAAAAGCAUUCUGUUUUUUCGUUCCUCCGAAGCAAGAUGGCAAGGAGGAGAUAGUUUACAUUGACACUCCGGGCUUCGAAGACACUCGUCACGAAGAGAUUGAUAUUGCAACUUCUGUCAUGUUGAGUCACAUUGCCAAGAAAUGCAAGUCCCUACGUUUUGUGGUAUUGAUCAACUACACAUCACUUCUGGAAGAUCGAGGCGGUGCAGCUCGUUCAAUUUUGAGGUUCACUCGAGCAUUUGUCAAAGACUUUUCAAAGGACAAGAAAGGCUUCAUGUUUCUCUUCACCCAUACGAAUGAGAUCAGCGGAGUUUCCGACGAUCUGGCCAGUUCCAGGAAGGCCCUCCUGGAAGAAAUCUCGAGACUAAGGGCUGAUUCAGACACUAGUGAUAAGGACUUGUUGGGUCUUCUUGAUUUUCUCAAGAUUUCGUUACUUAAACGGUAUCCUUUUAUUGAUGUUCUGCAUCCAAUGGAGUCGAACUUUGAGACUUUGAAGUCUUCGAUCGAAAAGAAGCUUUCCAAGAUCAAGUCUCCUACUAUGGCUGAAAGCUGUGGUCUGACAGGGGCAUCGCGAAACAGGUUGACAGGUGAAAUCACCUCAAUCAUGCUUCGUUCUCGUCAGCAUUUGCAAUCCGAGCCCCCAAAUGUGCAAGUUGUCCGUGACAACCAUGAAUUGUUGCAGUACCUAAGUAGCGAGAUCAAUUUUAGUGAGGUUCAAAAGGCCACCGACGAAAGCUCAGCUUGGAUUGAAAGGUUUGUUCAGCACUCCAAGAGAUCAAUUGAAGAUGAAAUUUCCAAGGGAGGUGUCAAUGAUGAGAUGUUUUAUGCUGCUAGCGCAAAGCAUGUGCGAGAAAUGCUUGAGCAGCUUGAUAUUCUCGGAGUACAGAAGUUGUCCGAAUGCUUCUUCAGAAAGAUUGGCGAUGUGGUUUCCGUUUGUUGCUGCAGCCUGCAAUUAGACAGAAGUGUCAUGAGUCACUCUAGUAUCCGAACAUUGAACAAGCUUUCGUGUUGGUGCAAUGCUUUUCCGGAGUUUGUAGAUCAAUACACAGCCGCGAUUGAAGAAUUGAAAAGCGCCAUAGCCAAAAACAUUGAAACCAUCAAUCAAUUCAAUUGUGAUGGUGAAGUCGAUCCCGAAGCCAUUUCUGGCUUUAUGGACAGUGUUUGCCUCCUAAACUCAAUUCUGCGAAACAUGGACCCACUGAUGAAUCAUGAUUUGGAUUUUGACAACAUGAAGAAUGCUCGAGAGCAUUCACUUACCGUAGCGCGUCAGCUUCUCUUCUCUUUGAAUGAAGAUGAUUCAGAUGCUCUGGGUGUCGUUGCACUAGACGAAGAGUCUCUUGAGAAUCUCUCAGCUCGAAUUGGUGUAUUAGAGGCAAUGCGUCUUGGUCUAAGUGCUGUCAAAGAUUUUGCUGACUUAGCAUCCAUCGCAGGCGAGCGAUUGGCCUCCCUUCAAGGAAAUGUUUCAACUCACUUUGAAGCAAUGUGCGACGACGUGAAGAAAAGCGGCAUCGAUCAAGUGCGAGUGUCUUUGCAACGGCUUCAAGCCGUUUUGAACAGAUGCUAUGGGAUCGCUGGGCUAGCUUCUGGUGAAAUGCAUCGAAAUUUCCAAAACUUGCUCGGAAUCGUGGAGCAGAAAUUUCGAUCUGCUUCAGAAUCACUUCUUCGGAUUGCACUGCCAAUGGAUUCGGCAGAAUGCGUUCUGAAAGGAGGCGAAGCUGGUGUUGCUCUCAAUGAAUUCGCACAGCACAUAUGGUUCGAUGAAUUGCUCCCUGAGGGAAUCUCCAUUAUUGCGGAGACAUGCGAUACUGUGCGCGAUGCAAAUGAGCGUUUUUGUCAGACUAUUCGAAAAGAGAUUGUCGAUCAUUUGGAUAUAAAGAAGCUGAAGACGACAGAUAUUAAUGAACUUCAGAAAGCCUGUCGCUUUAAAUCGAUUGCUACGCUCAAGCAAGUGAAGAUCGCCUACAAUCGGUUCCUUGAGAUUGAGGAGUUCGCAGAAACAACCAACAAUGAGGCGAUGCUGAUCGAUUGCAAUUCGGUGCGUUCCAUGAUUUUCACACGCACAAGGAGAGCAAUGAAAGCGAUGAAGGAUUUGACAAAGGCAUCAACUCUAGAUUUUGAACAAAGAGAGAAGGCCAGAACUAUAUUCGUGCGAUUGAAUGCGCACUUGGAAGAGAUUCAACUGCUUACAUUGUUCACGAAAGACCAAGAAUACAGCAAAAGACUGGAGUCUACCAGAGGAUUACUCUUGGCAACUGUCAAUGGAUUCGUUGAAGUCAUCGAGGCAAGUUUUAAAUCAGAGACUGACUUUAAAGCGAUGGCAAGCAUUUUGCUUGUCUUGUCAGAGCUCGACUACGGCGACAGUCACUUCGUCAACAGUCUCCUCCCGUCUCUUCCUGAUUUGAUUUCGCAAGCGAGACAAGCCGUGAUGAAAUCUGUUGACAAAGUGCAAAAGCUUGUCUCCGCGACUUCAAACUGGGAGGAGAUUAACUUGCAAAUGACCCUACUGAAUGGUGCUCUUGCUCUUGAUUCUUUUUUGGAAGGCGAUGUUGCAAUACAACUGCAGACUUUAAAAGCUUUUCGAGAAGGGAAAGAAACCAGAGUCGACUCGAGGAUCGAUGAGAUGAUUGCUGCUGAAGAUUACUUGGGAAUUGGAGAGCUUUUAUCACCGCUCGCAAAUUCCAAGGACCAGCUCAAGAGAAAGAAGUUCAGCACAUGCAUCCUUCUGAUCGAAGCUGCUUUGGAAAUGCGCUCAGGAAAGUCUUUGGAUUUUCUCCCUCGUGGUCUGCCUCCUAUGGAGACCACAUUUGCAAUCGUUCAGAACCUCGAUAAGUUGAAAGAGGCUGAUCAAGAGCUUUUCAAACACACCAAAUUUGGAUCGUACCCUAGGGAAUUGCGAAACCUGAAAGAAAGCAUCUCCAAAGAUAUGAAAAAAUUGAAGUCGACAUUGAACCAAAAGUUACGUCAGAGCCUUGAACAAUUGGAAUCCGAUCUCAGCGAUUUUCGCAUUGGACGGAUAGCUGCAGACCGGAAGGCUGUCAUGAGGUUUACUGCGGCAGCUAGAAAGCAUAUCUUUGGGCAUAACAGUGAUCGUCUCAAGAAAGUUCUGGAUCACUACGACAAAAUUCUUGCAUCCGUCCCAAAGCUCGUCACUCAAUUCUUUGAUUCGUGGUUCAAAGAUGGGAAGGAUCUCGUCACAAUUCUUCGUUCUCUCCGACGCGCGUCGCUCUCGGGCAAUCCUGAGACGGUCGACAUCGCAGAAUUGUACAACAAAACAAAAAACGACCUGAACGAUCGUUUGGACGAUGCUAUAUUGGAGAUCGAAACAGUUGUUGGCGAACAAAAAUGCUAUGGCGAUGGCAUUAAUGUAUUUCGAUCAUUGCAGCGUUGUGUAGAUUCUGGCCUUCGGGAGCACAUCAUUGACCAGAGUAUAUUCAAGAUAGAAGAGUUGAUGGAAGCAUGGCAUUCGGACGGCAUUGUCAUCUGCAACCAGAGCAAGGGAGAACAUGAGGGAGCCUAUCUAGAAAUCGCAGCAACAUUAGAUCGACUCGAUCCUUCUGGGCCGAGCUUGUUGGGAUUCAAAAAGUUGAAGGCAUGGUAUUGUGGUGAGGAGUAUAAUUCGCUCAGAACUUACACUGAGAAGGUAUGUCGAACCAUUUAUAACAGAGGCAUGACCGCAAUGCGAAGCAGAAAUCUUGAUAUGGUUGACAAGUGCCUGCAGCAUCUCAUUGCAUGGAAUGCAGCUGUUGGCAAACAUGUGAAGGCAGUUGCCACGAACAUCAAACUAUUGCAGAAUUGCCUUGAGACAGUUUAUCUUGAUGUUUGUGAAAAGUUGAAGAGUGCUGUUCAAGGAACCAGCACGCUGCAUUGCAAGAGCCUCUUCGAUGAGUUUCGUCAGAUUCUUGUGGAAGCGCCAUCAAUCCUUCAAAUGGACGACUGUCGAAGAGCAUAUGCGCUUACAAAUCAGCUUUUCUGCGAAAAGCUUGAAGGAGAAGUUGCAAAGGUGAAAGACGCCCUGCAAUUGAAGCAACCAUACGACUUUUUGGAGAUCAAGGUGAUCGUCGAAGAUGUCAGGUCCUUUGGCGACUUUAUGGCAGAUCACUACGCUGUUCUUUUUGAAGAAGUGAAGCACAAAGAUAUUUUUCUGAAGCGAAUUGCUGAAGUAUGCCACGAACACUUCAAGGAUGGCCGUGACUUUGGAAACAUUAGACAUUAUAUUGCUCUCGGAUUGGCGCCUUCAGCGUCACAUCAGGAUAUCAAACGUGCAUAUCACGUGUUGAUGAAGAGGUUCCAUCCAGACAAGAUGGCUAAUAGGGAUGACAACACGAGUGUAGAAAAGUGUAAAAGAUUGAACGAAGCAUGGGAAGCUCUGAAUGACGUACAACGAUCGAGCACGGUUUCAGAGGGUAAGCCCUUCUCUCGUUUGAUACAUGGCGUGAGGGACUGUCUCUUGGCAGCUGUUCGAGGAAAUCUAAGAAAUCAACAAUACGAGGCUGUCGCACAACUUCUCGGUCGACUGUACGCUGUUCGAGAACUCGAAGAUCUUGUGUCUCCUCCGCUUGAUUCAAAGCAUAUUGAAGAGUCUGUUACUGAUCUUGUGCGGAACCAUGUUGAGCGGCUUCGGGUGUCCGUGAAGUCACACUGGUCAGAAAGGCAUUAUAAAGAACUUCAACAAGACAUUGAUGAUUUGAAAUUGAUGGAGAAACACUUCAAGUCGGCAAGUAAAACAGCACUUGUAUAUUGUUGA